AGCUGAAGACCCAAAAGCCAAAGCCAAAGCCAAACGCAAACAGCAGUGUCCUUCCAGCUCUGCCGGGUCUAGGGAUUGAAACACAACUCUCUUUAAAUUCUGAAAACCCUAGAAAAAGCCUUUUCUUUUUUCUACAUAAUCAACUGCUUUUUCUACUAAUAACGUGGCACGGAAUCGAUUCACGGUCAUCCAGAAUUUGAAUUCAAGGAUUUAAUCGGACAGGAAAUUUCUGUUGGUGUAUUUUUAUCUUAAAGUUGGAGAAUGAACGCUCAGGAGGUGAGAUGGCCACCACUAAGAGGAUAUAGGCGGAGGAAGAAUUUGCCCGAUCUAAAUUCUCCACCAAUUGAAAGUGGGGAUUUGGGGGAUUCUUCGAAUCAGAAUUUGUCUCAGGGAGUGCAAAUUAGCCAACCAGCGCAGCCUGUGCAACCAGCUCCAAUUGAUGUUGAGGCUAUUGAUGAUGAUGUUGUUGAAUCAUCCCCUAGGGCCUUUGCUGAAGCAAAAAACAAUUUGAGGAGGACCCGUGGAAGGACUAUUGUGGUUGAUCUAGAUUCAGGACGAACUAGUAGGGUCACCAAUAGUAAUCGUCCCAAGCGCAGAAGAAAUCCUACAAAUCAACCUGUAAUUAACUGUGAAGAAUACAUAAAUUUAGAAAGCAGUACACAAUCUAAGAAUGUUAUGGAGCCUCCAGUACCUCAAAAAGAACCAACCUUCACUUGUCCAAUUUGCAUGGGUUCGUUAGUUGAGGAAAUGUCUACAAGAUGUGGUCACAUUUUCUGCAAGAAAUGCAUUAAAUCUGCAAUAUCUGUGCAGGCCAAAUGCCCUACAUGUAGGACAAGAGUCACCGUGAAGGAACUAAUUAGGGUCUUCCUUCCAUCAACCAGUGCAGUAUGAGGUUCACACCCAACAACUAGUAGUGUGAGUUUGCUUGAGUGUGUUUUUAUUCCCUUUUGAAAUUUCUAAUAAGGAAACUAAAUGUCAACUAGAGAAAGUGAGUCCCUCUGGACAUUGAUAUUCAAGAUGCAUGUGCAGAUAUUAUUUAUGCUGCAUCUCACUGCAGUGCUCACAUGGAUUGGAAUUUCUAAAACCAUUCAUGGAAAUUAACUUUGGAAAUUAUUGGCAAAAUGGUAGGAAGUUCAAUUAAACAUUGUAUAUAUAGCUUGAAGGGGUAAAAACUAGAAAGGGGUGGAUGUUUAUUGCUCAUAUAGAUGUGCAUUUAAUUUAGAAUUAUUAAAAAAAUACUUCAAUUGGUAAAAAGUUUAUUUGCCAUGCAUAAUACAUGGAAAUUGGAACUUUGGUUUCUGUCUUUGGGAGCUAAGAGUACUCAUACAGAUGCAGAGUUUUUCAGCUUUGGCCUUAUUAUUUUGAAGAUUGUCUACAGAAGUAAUGUCUAUGAUGGAUCUUUUUUAAUUUUUUGGAUAAAGUACAUGGACAUUAAUUAUCUAUAAUGUGCUAUAUGGAACUCAUCUAAUGGGUUUCACCUUAUGCAUGCCAGUACGUGAAAUUUUCACAUUCUGGCCUCCUAUGCUCAAAUUCUGUACUACUUACAGUUGAUAACAAUUGUGGAAGCUAUUUUUUUGUCAACCAAUCUUAUACAUUUCUUC